AAGAAUUAAAUUUUGUAUACAGAUUAAUCAUAUUAUUUUCUAUUCGUUGUUUGAACCUGUUCUUACAGAAAAAUGGUACAGAGAAAAUGGGAGAAGGUAACGGUGUCCAUGUUACCUGAUGUUGAUGCUUUUUAGUAUAUCGUGAUGAACGAAUGCAAUCUCACUAUAGCAACUAUAGCAAUGUACGGAAUAUGAAAACGGCAAACGAAGAGGAAAACGUAAAGAAAUUAUGCAGGAUGAUUCGUGCAGGGGGAUAUACCGUGAUUUCAUUUUGGAUGAGAAAUUCGAUGCAAUCAACGGCAAUCGUUGAAACGUUCGCGAUGGAAAGUAAAAAUUACAACAAUUUUGUAAGUUAUGUCGGCCUGGAGGAACAUGAAAUGCAGCCACUGGGUUCUAGUCGACGCAAUUCUUUAUCCGAAAGUAAUAUCAAACUGCUACCCGGUGAAAUUCUAGUCACCAAUGCGCAAAAUGUUCUUAUGUUCUCUCCUGUCAGUGAUUUGAAGCAAGGAACGUCUGGUAUUUUGUCAGUUACAAAUUUCAAGCUCACCUUUAUUACAAGCGAAGACACAAAUGGAGAAGACACGAGUCGACAACAGAAUCAUCUUUAUGGUUAUAUGGAUACGUGUUUAAUAAACAUAGAGGAUAUUUAUAUAACAGUAGGGGAUAAGAAAAGAAAAUUGGUACCUGGCAAUACUGUACCGUCUAAAAUAAAAGGAAUAUUUAUUGUUUGCAAAAAUUUUAGAACUUGGUCCUUCUCUUUCAAAUUUUCACCCAGUGGACAAGUGAAAAAACUUCUGACAGCCCUGUUACUCCAUGCUUUUCCCAGCAGACACCAAUUAUUAUUUGCUUACGAUUACCAGGAAGCUUAUUAUAGUAGUCUCGACAAAGCUGUCCGUUUAUUUCGAGACAUUUCCGACUGGCAUAAUGAAUUAGAACGAACCAUAUGUAACGAAAAACUUAGAAAAUAUUGGAGAUUGUCUACUGUUAAUGUAGAUUUCAAACUUUGUCGUAGUUUGUCGCGGUAUAUAAUUGUACCAGCAUCCAUUACCGAUAAUCAAUUAUUGGACGCAGCUAAGCACUUCCAAGGCAACCGUCCACCAAUUUGGUCUUGGUCAAGUGCUCACGGCGCAGCAUUAGUAAAAAUGUCUGAGCUUUCGCCGUUAAUUACCAAUAGAAUGCAAGAGAAUAUCAUGUUUGAAAAUGUUCGAAAAAGUCAUCCUCAAAAAAUGCCACCAAUCGUUUUAGAAUUAAAUAAAGAAAUUAGCAUAAAGUUAGUGGCUGUAGCAUUUUCGAAAUUGGCCAAUUUAUGUUCUCCAGAGAACAUUAGGCAGUUCUGGCUACAGGAUAAUAAUUUUUAUUCAUUAGUAGAAAAUACGAAAUGGUUCAAGUAUGUAUCGUAUUGUUUACAAAAAACUGUUGAAGCUUGCGAGCAUCUUCACUUAGGAUUCUCUGUUAUAUUACAAGAAGGUGCUGGCACAGAUAUUUGCUGCGUUAUAUCGAGCUUAGUCCAGCUACUACUUGAUCCUUAUUUUCGGACAAUCAAUGGAUUUCAGUCGCUUUUACAAAAAGAAUGGGUUGCCGGUGGGCAUCCAUUUUGUGAUAGAUUAGGUCAUAUAGUAAAGAGGAAUUCAGAGAAGUCUCCGUUAUUCCUUUUAUUUCUUGACUGUGUCUGGCAGUUGAGUCAACAAUUCCCGGCGGAAUUCGAAUUCACAGAAACGUACCUGACGACGUUAUGGGAUGCUGCCCAUGUUUCAAUCUUCGACACGUUCAUUUUUAAUUGCGAGAAAGACAGGGUGGCGGCAGCUACGGAACCAAACAAUCCACUCGUUCUUCGAAGCGUCUGGGAUUGGAGAGAACAGUUCAGUGAUCAGGAUAUUUUGUUGUUUUACAAUCCUCUUUAUAAUUCUCGCGAGGCAGACUCAACAGACAAAUGCAUAAUAAAACCUUGGUACAAUAUUGCAAGUUUAGAACUUUGGACACAGUGUUAUUUUCGUUGGAUACCCACUCUGGAGAUUCGCAAUGGUGGACAGAAUCACAUAGAACUUUACGCGAGGCUGUUACGAAACGACGUGAACCAGUUGAAGAUCAGCAUAGAUGGCAAUUGUGGAUCGCCGAUCGCCAAAUCAAACAUCUAUUCCGUUCAGAUGAACAUAGACAGUUUCUAUCCAUUUUCCAAUAAAAAAUCUGGAAAUGCAAUUAGCACUCCUAUUAUGAAUAGCUCGAUUCUCGUGACCGAGAGCUUGUUAGACGCGCAGUCUUUGAUAACUGCAUCCGACUGAUGUACAUAUCGCUCCAAUAUUAGAUUUUUAACUUUUUUAAAGUUCAUAAAAACGUAGAUAAAUAUAUAUCUGUUACAUAGUUGAAUCAGGCUUGCUCGGAUGUAAAGGAUAUCAAGGAAAAUGUUUCUUAAUCCUUUUAAUGCCAAGUAUAUAUAAGUAGUAUUUGUUUAAAACUGCCGGCCAUUUUAUAAACACAUAAUUUCAUGUGAUCUAUUUAUACUGUAAAUAAGAAUCAAAUGUUGUGAAAAAAA